UAAAUUAAUGAACUGUAUAAAAGAAAAUAUUUUAUUUAUUUAUUACAUAAAUAGUUACUCUAUCUACGAUAAUAAUUCUAUUUUCUUACGAUCAUAGAUUAAGGCUAGUACCAGUAUGAUCAAAAUGACCGAGACGUUGACAAUUAGUUAAUCCUACUAGAUAACCUAGACUCUAAUCUGUACAGAUAACGUCAAAUUCACGUUCUUUCAGUUAUCUUAAAUGUUUUCUCCUACUUAUUUUUUUUUAAAUAAUUAUUGAAUAAUAUAUUAGUGAAAAUGGUUGUCAUAUACAAUUUUCAAGAUAUUUUUGAGGAAUCUUCUAAGGUUUCCAUGUUUACUUUACCAACACACAAAGAAAAUAACCUAAAACUCGAAUACGAAAACCUCGAUAAUGUUACAACGCUUUCCACAGUCUUCAGAGCGCAGGAGUCAUCAUUACCUUUUGCUGCUAGUGAUGUGUUCUAUGCCAACAUUUGUGACCAUAGGCGACUCACAGCAAUCGACGAUGGUUGCAAGGCUGUCUACGAAAUUACUUUUGAUAUAGCGGGAAGCAAUUUUAAUUUUAGACCUGGCGAUACAAUAGGUAUAAUUCCACAUAAUACCAGCGAGGAUAUCAACCUAAUAACAGACCGUUUGAAUUUAAGCACACAACUGAAUGUGCCAUAUAAAUUAUCAUGCAUUGUUAAUCAAAAAGGAGUCAAGAUACCUGCAAAUAUUCCUGUUAAGUCUACAUUAAAGCAUGUAUUAGAAUAUUGUGUUGAUCUUAGGAGUGUUGUGAAAAAGCUGUUUCUCUUUGCUUUAUCUAGUUAUACAAAAGAUGAGAAUGAGAGAAGGGUAUUGGAAUAUAUGUGCAGUAAAGAAGGCUCUGUUGCAUAUAAUACACACAUUUUGAAUCAUGGUGUAUGUAUUCUUGAUAUAUUUGCCAUGUUUAAAUCUUGUAAACCGCCUAUUGAAGUUCUUUUAUCACAUCUACCUAGAUUACUGCCUAGACCAUAUUCAAUAAUAAAUACAAAUAUAAAAGAUAGAAAUACACUGAAAAUUUGUUUUUCAGUGAUCACUUUGAAUAAAAAUAGGAAAGGCCUUACAACUGGAUGGCUAGAAGAAAUGAUUUUGAGAAAUUCUAACAUUGAAAAUCAAAUGGAGAAUUUAAGUAUUAAUGACAAUAUCAAUAACAAAGUACCUAUUUAUCUGAGGAAGAAUUUGUCAGGGUUUUCUUUACCUAUAAAUAAUGAAACACCACUUUUAAUGAUUGGACCUGGUACUGGAAUAUCGCCAUACAUGGGAUUUUUAGAAGAGAGACAGUACAUUAAAGAAAAAUAUUCCCAAACAAACAUGGGUUUUGCAUGGUUGUUUUUUGGAUGUAGAAAUCCAUCAUUAGACUUUAUUUAUGAGCAAGAAUUGAAAACUUUUCAAGAAAAUGGCAGUUUAAAUAAAUUGAGUACUGCAUUUUCAAGAGUUAAAGACUGUGGCUCCAAAUAUAUUCAGGAUAUAUUGAUAGAAAAUGGAGAAGAUAUAAUAAAAUUGAUAAAAGAUGGAGCCUCAAUAUUUGUUUGUGGAGAUUUAAAAAAUAUGGGGACACAAGUAAAAGAUACUAUAAAAAAAUGUAUUAUGAAACAUGAUAACAAAUCUGCAGAAGAAGCAGAGAAGAUUCUAAGUGAUAUGCAAAAAGAAAAGAGAUAUUUAAUAGAUUCUUGGAAUUAAAAUUGAGUUUACUGAAUAAAAUAAUGGGUAACAUGCUAAAACCUUUCUUCAGUGAAUGUGCACGAAAAAUUAAAGAGUAUGGAGGAGGCCAGAGAUCUGUUUGUUUUUAAGAAUUUAUAUUACAUUGUUUCUCUCUACCCCAAAUUAAUUAUGACUACCCUAGAGAAUUUAAUGUUAUGAAAUAUAUUUAUUUAUGUUU